CGCGAAACCUUAGCUGACCGCGUACCACGUCCAACAGACCAACCUGGCCUUAUGCGCAAUUGAGCUAUGAACAAACACAGGCGGAGAACGAGUGCACGGUGAAAGCUAGCCAAGCUCCACAGACGAGGAACAGAGUCGCCACACGCAACAAGGCUGUAACGGCACGAUGAGUGGGAAGAACUGGUGGAACAGCGCCAUCUCGGGCUUGGAGUCGCGACUCGACACGAUACUGGCCGAGGAUGGCACCCCAAAGCCAGCAGGCGCGGGCCCGGAUGCAGCCGCCAGAACGGAAGGCGCAGACAAGGCGGCGACGGACAAGAAGCUUGCAGUUGAGCCAGCCUCGCGCAACUCGUCACGAAGCCGACCCAACUCCCGCCUCCAGGACCGUCUAGCCAAGGCCGUGAAUAAGGGAUCUGAAGCAAGAACCUCGUCGGAUCUGGGGUCGAGACCAGCAAGUCCUGCUGUAAAUGCCGUCACCGCAUCGCCGAGGGCAAGCAUAGAUUCAAAGGCGCCUGAGCCAGUGACGGAAGUUGUACCGUCCAAGGAAGAAGCUACCACAGUGAAAGAAGAUGAGGCGACCAAGUCAGAUGGCAGUAAGGCCGGGGAGCCUUCACAGACACCACAACCCGCUGUAGAAGCACCUGCGCCCAUAGUCUCUCCCCCAGCGACUUCACCACCACCUACACCUCUGGUAGCCGAACAACCAAAAUCGACGCCUGUUCCCACCAUGUCCAUGCCCUCGAUACCCUCCAUUGUCACCCCACAGACAUCCUCCCCACGCCAGUCUUUCGACAGCGACCCGUCGCGACCCUCUGUCGACGCCAUUACCCCAACACCGCCUCCCGAAGCCAAAGACCCCGAAGAAAUACAAGUCGAGCUAUCUCUACUCCAGAACACAUACCAAGAGACGUUAAAGGACAACCGCGAGGAGCUCAACGCACACCUAGAGCGAAUCGAUGCUCUACAGUCCAAAUUGACAUACAUGUCUGAGCAACUCGCUGCAUCUGCCAAGGCUGCCAAGUCUGACUCUGGAGCAACACCGGUGGACAAGAAGCUGGCAGACAAGGAUGCGCAGAUCGCUGCACUCAUGGAAGAGGGCCAGAAGCUCUCAAAGACGGAGAUGAAGCAUCUCACCACUAUCAAGAAGAUGCGCGCCAAGGCUUUGGAACAGGACAAGGAAAUUGCGACUCUCAAGCAGCGAUUGACCAAGGCGGAGAAAAGCAUCACUGAUCAGUCGGAAAGGGCACGGCGCGCAGAGGCGGCGGAAAAGUCUGCGCAGGAAAAGCUGAAAAUUGUAGGCAGGAUCGAAAAGGAUAUCGAGACUAUUAGAGCAGAGCGCGAGGAAGCUGGACUUACAAUAUCCGAGUUGCGGAAACAACUCAGCGAUGCGCUCUCACGGGCAGAAGAUGCCGAAAAGAGGGUUCAGUCUGGCGCGCUGGAAGCAGAGAAGAGGCUUGCCGAAGACCGUGCGAAGAGAGAACUUCAAGCGGCCAGAGAUGAAGCAAAGAGCCAACAGGAGAAGGCAAAGGUCGCCGAGCUGGAACUGCGUGGCGAGAUUGCUAAUCUAGAAUCUAAGCUAGAAUUGCUCCGCAGCCGCACAGAAGAGGCAUCUUCAUCAGCGACUGGCGAUUCACAGGCCAAGCUUCUGCGACAGAUCGAGACGUUGCAGACUCAGUACUCGUUAGCUUCCGAGAACUGGCAAGGUAUUGAGACCACUUUGACAUCUCGCGUCGCGGCUCUUGAGAAGGACCGAGACGAAACGGCGAAGCGCGAAUCUGACGUCAGGCGGAAAGCAAGAGACGUCAACUCAAAAGCACGUCGACUGGAAGACGAGCUCGAGAGCAUCAACGAGCGAGCCCGAGCAUUCGAGCACGACCUGACCGAGCAGCGUGCUGCAGCCCAAAAGCUGCAAGCUAGGCUCACGCAAGCAGAGUCUGCCGCACAAGAUGCACAGGCAGAACUCGAGCGAGAGAAGAAGGUCUGGGAGGCUGAGCUCCAACAACGAAUAGAAGACGAGAAGAACAAGUGGAAGGUGGAAAUACAGACACCAUCUCUAAUGGGCGAAUCUCAAUACCUGCGGACAGACUCACCCUCUAUAGCCCAACGAAGGCAUUCGCCCGAUCCACUUGGUAUCUACAACCGCCGCCCAAACCCACGUUCCAUCACCAGCGGCAUGGACCUACCCAUGAUGUCCCCCAUGGACCGCAUGUUUGACGAAGCCUCACGCCGCCCCUCGAGCUCCCGCCACAACAAGUCCAACAAAGUCCGCACCCCGGAAAUCGGGACCCCUCAACGACAAGACUCGAUUCCGUCCAGCAUGUCGAACCUCGCCGGAGGAGGAGUCCCAGACACACCCUCGAUCCACACAAUCGACCACGACAACGACCCCUUUGAAAACACAUCCUCGCCGCACCGCACCAUCAACGACAUGAUAUCCGUUUCCACCGCCGGCGCCGGCCCCUCGGUCCAACUCGUAGAGCGCAUGUCCGCCGCAGUCCGCCGUCUGGAAUCAGAAAAAGCAACACACAAAGAGGAGCUCGCGCGCCUCACCGCGCAGCGCGACGAGGCGAGGGAAGAAGUCGUAGCACUCAUGCGCGAAGUCGACGAGGCGCGCAAAAACGGUGACAGGGUCGCUGAUCUCGAGAAGCGCAUGGAUGAGAUGCAGGUUAGAGAGGAGGCGGCCUUGGAUAUGUUGGGCGAGAAGACGGAGAGGGUCGAGGAGCUAGAGGGCGAUGUGAGGGAUUUGAAGAAGAUUUAUAGGGAGUUGGUUGAUACGCUCAAGUAGUGUUGGGGUAUGUAUGGGUGGGUGGUAACAGCAUUAGCAUGGCAUGGCAUGGCGUGGCACUACUGUGGGGUGCUUUGGAA